UCCAUUUCCAGAUUUACUGUAAAUCCCACUGCCAGCAGAGGGUCUCUUUGACUCUUUUUGUCUUUUGUGGAAGAAGAUAACCGACUCCAUUAAUGCCCAAGGCCUCACACUACCACAGCCUUCAUUGCAAACACCAGUUAAUGCACUCACCUCAUCUGUGUCUGGUACUGUCUUCUUCUUCUUAUCCCCUUCCUUUCUGAUGAAGUCUUUCUUCGUCUCUUGAUUCCACAUAUUGGUCAGCCCAGGGCCAUCCUCCUUCCAAGUGUAUUUCAGUUUUUGGCUUUCAGUGGUUAGUGGGUUCUCUCUGGAUUGAGGUUAGAAACGCUGUGACAAGUGUUGUGCGCUUUUGGAGCAGUAAUUUAAAUGUUUCAUUUCGUGAGUUUCAAAUUUGAACUAGUCCUAAUUAUUGAGAAAUGAGAGCUUAAGGUGAAAGUUCAGUUUUCAUUAGUUCAUUGGGUUCUCUUUUUUGCUGACGCUGUUUGAGAAUUUUCAGCGGCUGUGUUUCUUUCUGGGUCAAGCUCUCUAGUUAUUAUGGUUGUCUAGGGUUUUUGUCUUGGAAAUAUCUUCUCACCCCUAACUUGUUCAAUGGGGCAUGUGAACUUGAUUCUUUUAGUGUUUCUUUCAUGGGUUUUCUUUGUUUCUGGUGCCCAACAAUUAUCAAACUCUCAGACCCAAGUUCUUCUGCGGUUAAUGAAACAUUUGGAGUACCCUCCAGCGUUGCAAACUUGGAAAGCUUACAAUGGGGAUUUAUGUAAUACAUCUUCUUCCCCACAAAUGACUAUCAAAUGCCAGAAUAAUUUUGUCACUGAGCUUAGAAUUAAGGGAGACAGACUUUCCAAUACUAGCCAGUUCAAUGGAAUUGCAAUUCCUGGUCAUACUCUAUCACAGAGUUUUUCUAUUGAUUCACUUUUUACCACAUUGUCAAGUUUAAGUAGCUUGAGGGUUCUUAGUUUGGUAUCUUUGGGAAUUUGGGGACGACUUCCUGAUAAAAUUCACCGGCUAUCCUCACUGGAGCUGCUUGACUUGAGUUCAAAUUUCAUGUUUGGUUCUAUUCCUCCUAAGAUAUGUACAAUGGUGAAGCUCCAAACUCUGACACUGGAUGCCAAUCACUUCAAUGAUACUGCCCCGGUUUGGUUGGAUUCAUUAUCAAAUCUUACGAGUUUGAGCUUGAAAAGAAAUCGGUUCAUUGGUCAGUUUCCUUCUUCAAUAUGUAGAAUUACAACUCUGAGCAAUAUUGCAUUAUCUCACAAUGAACUUUCGGGGAAAUUGCCUGAUUUGAGUUCCUUAGCCAAUCUUCGUGUGUUGGAUUUAAGGGAGAACCAUUUCGAUUCCGAGCUACCUGCUAUGCCUAAGGGAUUGGUUAUGGCUCUCCUGAGCGGGAAUUCCAUUUCUGGCAAAAUUCCCAAGCAUUUUGGUAAACUAAGCCGGCUUCGGCAGCUUGAUCUGUCAUUCAAUUUUCUGAGUGGAACACCCCCCUCUGUUUUGUUUUCUCUGCCAAACCUCACUUACUUGAAUUUAGCAUCCAAUAUGCUUAGCGGUUCAAUUCCCAUGGAUCUAAGUUGCGGAGAAGAGCUUGGGUUUGUAGAUAUUUCUGCUAAUAAGUUUGUAGGUGGACUUCCUUCUUGCCUGGGGUCAAGUUCAGAUGAAAGGGUUGUUAACUUUGGUGGAAAUUGCUUAGCUAUUGAUGCUCAACAUCAACAUCUAGAGUCAUACUGCAAAGAAGACAGUAUAAAGAGGAAGCAGUGUAGGGGAAAAGAAAUAGUAAUAUUAGUUGGUGCAACUGGAGGAAUGAUUAUUCUUAUCACUCUUCUUGCUGUUGGGGUCUGCAUUUUGCGUAGAAGAUGCUGCUCACAGGGAACAUUGGAUAAGCAUAAACUGCCAAAGCUGGUGCAGGAUAAUUCACCGGCCGUGUUAUCCUCAGAAAUGCUUGCAAAUGCGAGGCUCAUUUCUCAAGCAGCAAAACUGGGGACAGAAGGUGCACCACUCCAUCGAUUGUUUUCCUUGGAAGAGUUACAGGAAGCUACGAACAACUUUGAUGUGUCAAAUUUUAUGGGUGAAGGCUCUAUUGGCAAGCUUCACAAAGGAAGAUUAGAGAAUGGAACCUACGUUGCUGUGCGAUCUUUGAUUUUAUUUAAUAAAUAUUCAAUUCGAAACCUUAAAAUUUAUCUAGAUUUGCUUCUCAAGCUUCGUCACCCACGUUUGGUUGCCCUAUUGGGUCAUUGCAUUGAUGAUGGUGGACAAGAGGAUUCCUGUGCCAACAAAGUCUUCCUCGUAUAUGAAUAUGUGCCCAAUGGGAAUUACCGUACUCAUCUCUCAGAGGAUUGUCCGGGCAAGGUUCUUAAGUGGUCAGAUAGAUUGGCUAUUCUAAUUGGUGUUGCCAAGGCUGUGCAUUUUCUACAUACUGGGGUAAUUCCUGGUUUUUUUAACAACCAAUUGAAGACAAACAAUAUCUUGCUUGAUGAACAUUGUUUUCCAAAGCUGAGCGACUAUGGAAUGACCAUCAUUACAGAAGAAAACAAUAAGCUUGAGGGAAAGGAAGAAGGCACAAGAUCAAGGCAAGCAGCAAGGUCAGAUGACGAUGUUUAUAACUUUGGAUUCAUAUUACUUGAAUCACUUGUGGGGCCAACAGUAAAUGGAAAGGAAGCAUUUCUGCUGAAUGAAAUGGCAUCUUUUGGAAGCCAGGAUGGCAGAAGAAAAAUCGUAGAUCCAAUUGUGUUAACCACUUGCUCGCAAGAAUCUUUAUCAAUUGUGAUAUCCAUCACAAACAAAUGCAUGUCUCCCGAAUCAUCGGCCCGCCCUUCUUUUGAGGAUGUGCUGUGGAAUUUACAGUAUGCAGCUCAAGUCCAGGCCACAGCUGAUGCUGAUCAGAAAUCAGAUGUUGUAUCGGAGUCGUAACUUGUAGGGUGCAAAAUGGGGGUCAGUCAUUGAUUCUAUUGUGAUUUUUGCAAAAGUUACAAUGCUCUUCAACAACCCUGCCACUCAUCUGUGAGGAAAGUAUACCAAUGUUUGGGCUGUCUUUGUCCAUUGAAAUGUAAAAUUGUACAUGUAAUUCUUCAGUUGGCUAGGCUCCAAAUAUAGAUGUUUUUUCUUUUUUUAAAUGACAGAAGUGUAAUUUCUCCAUGUAAGUUUUCUGUUACAUGUAAUUUUCCAAUUGGCUUGGCUCCAAAUAUAGAUUUUUUGUUUUAUGAUAAA